AUGGUAGCCGAGUUUGGUGCGCGCAGAUUUCAAUAUGACUCAGAUUCUAGCCGCCAGCUCACUUUCCAAUUUACUUUGCCGCCUCAAGGACAAACUGAACAAGUACAUUUUCAAGAGUUGACACGAAAGACAAUGACGAGGCUACAACGUUUCAUCUUCGCAAGCUUUACCUUCAUCAUUGGCCGGAUUGCUGCCGAUGAGAAGCUCUCUGAUCAGCAAAUCGAAAGCCAAGUUGACAUGCUAAUGUCGUCCAUGAACUUGGACGCUAUGCUUGGCCAGAUGACGCAGCUAGACGUUAGCACGAUUCUACACCCGAACCGCACAUUGAAUGAAGCUGUUGUACACGAGCAUGCAAAGCUCAACGUGGGGUCAUACCUGAAUACCCCUGGUGCUGAGCUGAACGAUUCAAACGCGAACUCCACUCAUAAUUUCUCUCCAAGACAAUGGCGGGAUCUAAUCACGAAGAUUCAAGCCAUUUACGCCAGCCACGGCAGCCACCCGAUCAUCUACGGAAUCGACUCGGUACAUGGGGCCAAUUACGUUCGUGGAGCAGUGAUGUUUGGCCAACAGCUCAAUGCCGCUGCUACGUUUAAUCCAGAACUGGUAUACGAAAUGGGCAGAAUCGCCGCACGAGACACCGGAGCUGCUGGAAUCCCAUGGCUGUUUGCUCCGAUCCUUGAGAUCUCGCAAAAUCCUCUCUGGGCGAGAACUUUUGAGACUUUUGGAGAGGACCCCCACCUAGUUUCUGUCAUGGCUGACGCUAUCAUUCGUGGCAUCCAAAGCAACGGCACAAUAGCCGCAUGCAUGAAGCAUAUCAUCGGAUACUCAAAGACACCAACUGGUCACGACCGUGCAGGUGUCACGAUAUCCGACUUUAAUUUACUCAACCAUUUUGCUCCUCCAUUCAUAGCUGCGAUCAAAGCAGGCGUCAUGACCGCCAUGGAGAGCUAUAUUUCGAUCAACGGGGUCCCGGUCGUUGCCAACACGAGAAUCCUGAGAGAUUUGGUGCGUCACGACAUGAGCUAUCAAGGUCUCAUCGUCACGGAUUAUGCUGAGAUUCACAAUCUCCAUGCGUGGCACCGUGUUGCCAAGACAGAUCAAGAUGCAGUUCGGAUGGCGCUGACGAAUGCCCCGCUAGACAUGAGUAUGGUGCCGCUCAACACUUCAUUCAUUGACAUAGCUCGUCUGACCGUUCAAAAGAACCCUGAGCUGUUGAGUCGAGUGAAAGACUCAGCCCGCCGAAUUUUAACGACCAAGGUGAAACUCGGUUUGUUUGAAAAUGCUAUUCCAGGAACUGAAAACGACAUUGCUCUUGUUGGCCGAAACGAAAGCCGACAAGCAGCACUGGAGCUUGCACGCGAGUCUAUCAUUCUUCUCAAGAACAAAGACAAUAUACUACCUCUGGGUGCAGAUAGCAAAGUUUUCCUGACGGGGCACGCAGCAGACAACGUGGGGUUGCUAUGCGGAGGCUGGUCUCUUCGCUGGCAAGGCGUCUCGGGCAAUGCACUCUUACCAAACGGCAUCUCGCUUCGACAAGGUAUCGCAAAUGUGCUGAACACAAGUACAGUUCACUAUGCAAACGGUCUGCACCCCAAUGGCUCUUACUCUUCGGCCGAUCUUAAACAAGCUAAGCACUGGGCCAAGAGAUCGACUUGUACGAUUAUCGCCAUUGGUGAGGACGUAUAUGCAGAGAAGCCUGGCGAUAUAGACGAUCUAAACCUCCCACUGGGUCAAAUCGAGUACGUUCGCGAGAUUGCUGCUACUGGCACGAAGGUGAUCCUUGUUUUGGCUCAAGGUCGUCCUCGAUUGCUUCAGGGUAUCGCUCAAAUUGCCCAUGCUGUUGUGUACGCUAUGCUUCCGGGUGAACUGGGUGGUCAAGCAAUGGCCGAAAUCCUAUUUGGACGCGUUAAUCCAAGUGGCAGACUUCCCAUCACGUACCCGAAGACGUCAGCCAACGUCGCGAUUCCCUACAAUCACCUUGUCAGUACGCGCUGUCGUGAUGAAGGGCCGUGCAACAUGGAGUGGAACUUCGGACACGGGUUGAGCUAUGCUGCGUUCCAGUAUGGUGAGUUGUCUCUGAGCUCACCCUCUAUCUCGAACAGCGAUGAUGCUUUGCUCAAGGUCAGUGUUGCAGUUACGAAUGCUGGCUCGACAGCAGGCAAAGAAACAGUGAUGCUGUUCCUUAUUCAGCCAUUCCGCGCGAUUUCCGUACCAGAGACCAAGCAACUGAAAAGGUUUACCAAGAUUUACCUUCAGCCAGGCCAAACCCAAGUGGUUUCAUUUACUCUUACACGAGAAGACUGGGGGGUGUUCGACCCGAAGAUCGGUUCUGGGUUCCACCGCAUUGUUGAAGCAGGUAAGUACUUCGUUGCUGUGAAACCUGAAACGAAGUGCAACGUCUACGACGAAAGUGGCGCUACGUCUAGCGCCCUUUGUGCACAAUUCACGAUCCAAGACAACUAG